UGAACUGAAACUAGAUGAACUAAAUGACUAAGCACAGCGCGAGUUUGUUUAGGCGUUUGGUGAACAUAUCAGCCUGGGUUUAAUGCUUGUUUGAAUUAUUUGUAUUCGCAGCGAGAGUUGGGAUCUUAGACCACCUCCAUCGGUAGCAUCUAGAGGAGGUCCUGAUAUAUUAAAGAGAAAAAAUUAAAUGAAAAAAUGAAUUUAUUAAGCUGAACCGCUCCUUAAUUGAGUGAUUAUAGGAGUGGUAAAGAACUCCUACGUGGCAUAUUCGUAUUGGUUGAUUCUUUUUCUACAAAAGGAAAAAACGCGUGGCCUUUUCUCUCUAUUGUUGUCUCGGUGGUGCUCUCUUCUAAUCUUCGAUGUCAUCGAAGAAUCAGAGAUGCUUUUCUGAUGAAAUCUCCAAAGCUUGAUGAUGGCUCGGUCUCUCCGUCUCUCCUCUUCGUGAUUUAACGCCGACGACGACAAAGAGGAGACAGCAGUGGAGUAACGCGCCGAAUCCGAUACCAACGAUGUCCCAGCCCCAGAAUCCGAUACUGACGACGCCGUGGCUCCUCCUCUCGUCGAUCCUCAAGUUCCUCUCGAUCAGCGACUCCAAGCUCUGCAAGUCCUUAGUCAACUCGCUGUGACUCCUCACCAUCUCCUCCAUCGAUUUUAUCGGCACCGAGUCGCUGAUCUUCCACCGGUGCCUUCGAUAUCCGUCUGUCUCUUCCAACAUAGAGGUAGUGACUCUCGGAACCGAUUGAUUCAACUCGACAACUCCUCUGACAACUAUGAGGUUUAUGGUUGUCGAAUCCGAUGAUUUUGGUGUUGUAAUUAACCAAGUGUCUUUGGUUUUGAUAACAGGACAGUUCGUAGCAGCUUUGGAUGGUUUAGCCGUGUGGGAGACAGUAAAGGAGAAGACAGAUAACAUUGAAGACAAAGAUCCUCCAAAGAGCAGCAAGAUACAGGAAAGGAGAAGACAUCUCACAUUGAAGACUCUCUUCAUCAAAGAUGUCAAACCAUCUCUUCAGGUUCAGAGCUUUCAAAACCUUUUAAACAGUCAACAACCAUACCCCUCUGUCUCUGAUGCGUCUGCCUAUGGUACUGGAUGGCCUGAAGAGGAAAAUGAAGAAGCAGACAUCGUGAGUGACCGUAAAGAAAGGCGGAAAUGGUCACCAACUGAGGACAAGGUGCUCAUCAGUGCUUGGUUGAAUACAUCUAAAGACCCUAUCGUAAGCAAUGACCAGAAAGCAAUGGCUUUUUGGAAAAGAAUUGCUACAUAUUUUGGGGCAAGUCCACAGGUUGCUGGUUUGCAGAAGAGAGACUCAACUGGCUGUAAAUCGAGGUGGGGGAAGCUUAAUGAGGGCGUGUGCAAGUUUGUAGGGUGCUAUGAUGCAGCAACUAAACAAAAAUCUAGUGGGCAAAGUGAGGAUGAUGUUUUAAAGCUGGCUCAUCAGAUAUUCUUCAAUGAUUACAAGAGCAAGUUCACACUUGAGCAUGCUUGGUUGGAGCUGAGGCAUGAUGAAAAAUGGUGUGGAGAUCUGGCGAGUAAAAAUGGUGUGACAUCUAAGAGAAGAAAGGUUGAUAACCAAACAGGACAGUCAUCAACGUCAGUUCCAUGUAGCCUUGGAGAAGAGGACGCAAAUGGUGUGGAGGUCCGGCCUGCGGGUGUCAAAGCUGCAAAGAGACUAAGUAAAGCGGCUGUGAGGAAGGCUAACACUGAAGAAGCAGAAGGGAAGGUGUGUGUGGACCUUGAGAACAUGUGGGACAUGAGGCAAAAGGACUUUGCAUUGAGAGAGAAGGUUAACAAUCAAAAAUUGCUUCAGAGGCUACGUGGCAAGACUGAGCCAUUAACUGAACCAGAGCAAGCUUUGAAAAACAAGCUGAUCAAUGAUCUGUUGGUUUGAGGGCGUGUAUGAUGUUGUUUCUGAUCGAUCUUAUAUGGUAUUGUGUCUGAGUUUGUAUUGAGUUGUGUCUGAGUUUCUAUGAUGUUGUCUCUAAGUUUGUAUGAUAUUGUUUCUGAUAUUGUCGAGUCUGUGAUAUGCAUGUCGAGUCUGUAUGAUAUUGUGUCUCAUAUUAUGUCUGAGUUUGAGUUCUCGAGUCUGUAUAAUAUUGGGUUUCUAUCUUUUAUGAGAUUGAGUUUGAGUU